AUGGUAGUAACGGCAGGUUUCCCUAUUCUGACUGGUUGCUUGCGUAGAUAUAGCCCCUGCACGUUCAGACCAUUCCUUGGUUGUCACAGCAGGCUUUAUUCGCCAUCGCCCCGCCGCUCGAUAUCAUCCUACCUCACGAGUCCGAGGGAGCUGCACAAUACCAUUAAGAUGAAUCCGUCGUCGGCCGCCUCACUCGAACCAAGGGUUAUUCCCUUGUGCGUCUCCUGGUUUCCAGACAAUGACCAGGAGAGUCGCACCGGUAUCCAGACGUUCUGCCAGAAACGGAUCCCAGAAGCUCGCUUUUUCGACCUCGACAUUGUUAUCGACACGGAAUCCCCGUUUCCUCGUCUGCUACCCAGCGCUCUGGGCCUCGCGAGCUCAAUGAGCGGGCUGGGAAUUCGCAAAGAGGACAUUCUCGUAGUCUACGAUACAAGCGAAUUAGGUAUCUUCUCGGCACCACGGGUAGGAUGGAUGUUGAAGGUUUUUGGUCAUCCGAAGGUGCACAUCCUCAAUAAUUUCCGGCUGUGGGUGGAACAGGGCCUUCCGACAGAACAAGGGGAGAUGCCUAGCUUCAAGCGUUGCAUCUACCCGGUUCCCACGAUAGAUAAGGGGAAGAUUGCUACCUAUGAGGAAGUUCGUGAAGCAGUCAUGGACCAUAAUAAAGAGGGUAGAGAAGGCAUACAGGUUUUGGAUUCACGAUCGAGCGACGACUUCAGCGGAAACUAUCCUGGGCCACGGCCAGACUCACUCUCAGGACACAUGCCCGGUUCGAUAAAUAUCCCAUACGACCUGGUGCUGGAUACGGAAACGAAGGCAUUCUUACCAUCUGAUCAACUUGCGAAACUGUUCGAAACGAAAGGAGUGGACCCUCUCAAGCCGAUUAUCUCAAGUGGGACAAGCAUCACGGCGUAUGUGAUUGAGACAGCGCUACAAGAGGCACAAUGGGGCUCUUCCGAUUCACUGAAUGGACGCGAAGAGUACGGGCAUCGGACUAUUUGGUUCGGAAGACGAAUCCUUAGCGGACAGUACGGGGAUAUCGCUUUCAUGGACUGA